AAGAUGUCUUGCUACGACCUGUGCCCACCCAAGACCAGCGUUGCUGUCCCACAGCCCAUCGCUGAGAGCUGCAACGAGCUGUGUGCCCGGCAGUGUCCCGACUCCUCAGCCUUCAUCCAGCCACCGCCUGUGGUCGUCACCUUCCCCGGCCCCAUCCUCAGCUCCUUCCCCCAGCAAGCCGUGGUGGGCUCGUCCGGAGCACCGGCCUUUGGAGGCUCCCUGGGGCUGGGGGGCCUCUACGGUUCUGGUGCCACGCUGGGCUCGGGGGGCCUCUGCACCUUUGGCAGACCCUAUGCUUCUCCUGCCUACAGCCCUUGUGCCUUGCCCUGCUACAGCAGGAAGCUGUGGGACACCUGUGGGCCCUGCUAAAUG